AUGUCCGAGAUGAGAUCUGUCGCCUAUUUUGUGAAUUGGGCGAUUUACGGCCGCAAUUACAACCCGCAAGAUCUCCCGGCAGAGAAGUUAACCCAUAUCCUGUACUCGUUUGCCAAUGUCCGCCCCGAGAGCGGCGAAGUAUACCUGACCGACACUUGGUCCGACAUUGAGAAGCAUUACCCAACAGACUCCUGGAAUGAUGUUGGGACUAAUGUGUACGGGUGCGCCAAACAACUCUUUCUUCUCAAAAAGCAAAACCGCAAGUUGAAGGUUCUGCUCUCUAUCGGCGGUUGGACGUAUUCGGCCAACUUUGCCCAGCCGGCGAGCACCGACGAAGGUCGAACGCAGUUUGCGGAAUCAGCAACGCGUUUGAUUCUUGAUCUAGGAUUUGAUGGCCUUGACAUCGAUUGGGAAUACCCCAAAGAUGAAAGUGAGGCUGGGAACCUGGUUCUGCUGCUUCACAAGUGCCGAGAGGUUUUGGACAGAGAGGCUGGCGCCGAUCGCCACUUCUACUUGACCAUCGCUUGUCCGGCCGGACCAAGCAACUAUGAAAAGAUGAAAUUCCAAGAAAUGACACCAGUGCUGGACUUCUAUAACCUCAUGGCCUAUGAUUUUGCCGGGAGCUGGGACACGAAUGCGGGCCACCAAGCGAACAUUGUUCCUUCAGGGUCUAACCCUGCAUCUACACCUUUCUCAGCCGACGCCGCUUUGAACUACUACAUCAACGUUGGUGGCGUACCGCCAUCGAAAAUCGUGAUGGGCAUGCCGUUGUACGGACGAACAUUCGAAAACACCGAUGGUCCCGGUGCCCCAUUCUCAGGAGUCGGCGAAGGCAGCUGGGAGAACGGAGUGUGGGACUACAAGGCGCUACCAAGGCCUGGUGCCGCGGAGCAAUUUGAUGCAGAGUCUGGCGCGACAUGGUGUUAUGACGGCAACUCGCGCACCAUGGUUUCCUACGACACUCCCUACAUGGCGCAGGUGAAGGCAGACUACAUUCGCCGGCGUGGCUUGGGUGGUGGGAUGUGGUGGGAAAGCAGCGGUGACAAGGGAGGAAGGGAAGCCAAGGCAGCGGACGGCAGCUUAAUCGGCAUCUUCGUCGACGGUGUAGGUGGUGAAGGGGCGUUGGAUCAGUCCGAGAAUGCCCUCCAUUACCCAGAGAGUAAAUACGCCAAUGUCCAGUCUGGUUUCCCUGACCAGUAG